AAGCUGUAUCAGUCACUGCGUAGGUUCAGAGCUGCUCACAAAGAUGGUCUUCAUACUUGCUCCUGCAACCCUAGUGCUGAUGGUGGUGGUGGUGCUGGCCGCAGCACUGAAAGAGAUUGUCCGGCGACGAAAUGAAAAACAAUGUGCCAAUGUAACAUCAAAGUCAAGAAGAAGUGAAGACCUAGAAAUCGCCCGCCCCGCCACUGCACCCGGACCAAAGGCCCUUCCCAUCUUCGGCAACAUUUUCAACUUGGCAAAGUAUGGAGACUGUCCCUACGAAGGCUUCACGGCCCUCGCAAAAGAGUACGGCCCCGUCUAUUCCCUCUACCUUGGGAGUAACCACGCUGUUGUAAUCUCAAGCAUCGACACCAUCAAAGAAGUCCUCGUCACAAAAGGCAACAUGUUUGAUGCUCGACCCAACAUCAUUAGAUUUGGGCUGUACUUCGGUGGCGAUCGUCAGCACUCUUUGGCCCUAUGCGAUAUGAACACAGUUCAGAAGAAACGUAUCAACUUGGCAAGAUCUGUACUUAUGUUCAGGACCGGAGAAUCUCACAGCUACGAGAAAUUUAAGGAAAAUGUCAUCUCUGAAAUGCCUACGCUGACUGAUGAAAUCGACAAAGCUCUCAACAAACCAGUUAAGGCCAAAGAGCUUCUUUCGUACUGCGCCAUGAACAUCUUCACCGGCUUCAUCUGCUCCACCAAAUUCGACUACAGUGACCCAGCCUUCAGGGAUCUCGCUCGCAAAUUCGACUUCGUAUUUGAGGACAUCAACAACGGCCACCCUACAGACUUCUUGCCUUGGCUUGCUCCCUUCUUCUGCACUUACCUUAAGGAUAUCCAAGAUGUCGCAGCUCAGAUCCGGCAAAUCAUUCUGGAGAAGAUUUGCAACGACAAGUACAAGCAGUUGAAGUGUGAUCCGACCAACAUCAAGGACCUCGCUGACGCCUACUUCGCUAAUCUGCUGAACGAAAAUAAGGAUAACGAAACAUGGGACUGGCAGGCUAUUCUGUACAUCAUCGAGGAUCUGCUCGGUGGAUCCAGCGCCAUUGGCAACAUUGUUAUGAGGAUCUUCGGCUACGUUUUACAGAAUCCUCAUGUCUACGAAAAGCUUCGGGCUGAGAUCGACGAAAAAAUCGGCAGGAAUCAGGCACCGAAAAUGAACGACAAAUCCGAGAUGAUUUACACUCAGGCAGUGGUCUUCGAAGUGCUGCGUCUCACUUCGUCCCCGAUUGUCCCACACGUAGCAACGGCAGAUACCACCAUUGGAGGCUAUGCAGUGGAGAAAGGCGCCAUCGUCCUCCCUAACAUCUUCGGCAUCAACACAGACGGUGAACUGUGGGACGAGCCUGAAAAAUUCAUGCCUGAAAGAUUCAUCGUCGACGGUCAGCUCAAGAAGCCAGGACACUUCAUUCCGUUCAGCACCGGGAAGCGCGCCUGCGUGGGCUCCAAGGUGGUUGGCUACAUCACGUUCAUGGUGGUGUCGACUGUUUUCCAGAAGUACGACGUCUCUCUCCCUGAAGGCACGACGCCCGUUCUCCCGAAAGGCAAAAUCUCACUUCCCUGGAAUAGCUUUGAGUUGGUGUUCUCAAAGCGUGAGCAGUAAGAAAUCGAAUUCGAAAAAGUAUUUUGGUAAUUUUUUCUUCGAGUGAUUUGCAAAUUUCAAAAGGGAAAAAAAUACUACUAUGAAAAAUUGGACAAGAAAUCUCAUAUCAAGAGAAAAAAGGCUAAGUAAAAGCAACGGAAUUUCAUAGAUAAAAAAAUCUUAUGUCCUUUAUAAGGAACACAUUGCCAUAUAUGGCAGUAAGUCUUCGUACAGACUUUAAGUCUAUCGAAAUUAGGAGGAUAUCGUUUUACACAAAGCGUGAAGAAUUGUAUACCAAGCCCAAUUCCAUCUCGGUAGUAGGAAAACCUUCCAGUUGUCCGAUCAUUAUCAUUAUCUUCACUUCAGCGCCGUCAACUGCUUGUCUGGUGCUAAUAGUCCUACAAUUCCUCACUUUCUUCGUCUUGGGUUGAACAUACUCCUUUUGUAACAUAAUACUUAGUUCAGUUUCAUUCCGACCAAUAUGCGACAUUAUUCGGCUCUGCUUUCUAGGGCUUUUCAAACUUUGCGAAUAUCGAUAAAAAUAAACAAGUUUGACUUUAUAAAAAAAUAUAGAAUCCCGGUAUGCACGUUCACCGACACGUGUCAGAUUAUUUCUUAAUUUUUCUUUUAAAAGAAGCGUUUUUUUUUGUAAAAUUUGUUAUACUUUUUCACAAUGCAUUCAGUCCUUAUUCUUGUGUGCGAUACAUUGCAUUACCACAUUUUUUGUGCGACUCAUUUCAUCCACAAGUUCACUAGAGCGUAUUCUAUUUAUUGUAGAAAAUCAUCAUUUACUUCGUGUGCUGUGAGCCUCCGACAUUGAUGUCAAAGUUGGAGGAUAAAUUUCAUUCUUUCUUCUUUUAAGUAGUCUACUAGCUCAUUAUUUUUUAUAUAACGAUUGUCUCGUGUAUUUUCCGAGUUCGUGAUCUCGUUACUUAUUUAUUAUUACAACUUAGUGUUGAUAAGUUUUGGAAACUUGGAAAAUAUAGCUGCUACGAUAAUAUGGGUUGGUGGUAAAAUCACCCUUUUCAUAAUGCUCACCAAGUCUUAAUCUUUAUAGCAGCUAUUUUUUCCGUAGUGUUGUCAGUAUGUUCGAGUCACUCACCAUGUUUCCU